AGGGGGAGGGGGAAUGAGGGGCCCUGCGGCUUUCCCAUCCCCAGGGACCGCUGCCUUUAAAAGCCUGCGGGGGAGCUCGAUCUGGGGUCAUCAGCUCUUGAGUGCAGCCUGGCGCAAAGGGAGACUCCGAGCUCUGAACCCAGGACAUCCCGCUCCCAGUGCGGCGCAACUCUUCCACUUGCACGAGGUCGGCGUCCAACUCUCGUCGGAACAGGAUUGGCACAUCGGUGAACAUCUGAGCAGCUAUCCUUCGGGUCUCCAGGUUCAGGAGGAUGAGCAGAUCCUCUGGCUCUACCAUGUUUCUCCUGCUCCUUUGCCUGAUGGCCGGAACCUGCCUCUCCAUUGUACCAGAGAAGGAGAAGAAUCCUUGGUACUGGAGGGAACAGGCCCAGCGGACCCUCCAACAUUCCCUGAAGCUCCAGAACCUCAACACCAAUGUUGCCAGGAAUGUGAUCCUAUUUCUAGGGGAUGGAAUGGGGGUGUCCACCGUGACCGCUGCCCGGAUCCUCAAAGGCCAGCUUCACCACAAGCUUGGAGAGGAUUUCCAGCUUGAGAUGGACAAGUUUCCUUUCGUGGCUCUGUCCAAGACAUACAACACCAAUGCACAGGUUCCUGAUAGCGCUGGCACGGCCACAGCCUACCUCUGUGGAGUAAAGAGCAAUGAAGGCACUGUUGGUGUGAGUGCUGCUGUCACCCGGUCACAGUGUAAUACCACAAAGGGCAACGAGGUCACCUCCAUCUUACGCUGGGCCAAGGAUGCUGGAAAAUCUGUUGGUAUUGUGACCACCACCCGAGUGAACCAUGCUACGCCUAGUGCUGCCUAUGCCCACUCUGCCGAUAGGGAUUGGUAUUCUGACAACGAGAUGCCCCCCGAGGCCUUAAACCAGGGCUGCAAGGACAUCGCCUACCAGCUGAUGCACAAUAUCCCAGAUAUUGAGGUAAUCAUGGGUGGAGGUCGGAAAUAUAUGUUUCCUAAGAAUACAACUGACGUGGAGUAUGGGGAUGACCCGAAGGCAAGAGGAACAAGGCUGGACGGACAAGUCCUUAUUGAUGUCUGGAAGGGAAAGAAGCCUAGGAACAAGAAUGCCCACUAUGUUUGGAACCGCAUGCAGCUGAUGAAUCUGGACUUGAAUAAUGUGGACUACCUCCUAGGUCUCUUUGAGCCAUCCGAUAUGGUGUAUGAACUCAACAGGAACAACAAGACAGACCCAUCUCUGAGUGAGAUGGUGGAGGUGGCCAUCAAGAUCCUGAGAAAGAACCCCAAAGGCUUCUUCCUGCUGGUAGAAGGGGGCAGGAUUGACCACGGCCACCAUGAGGGAAAAGCCAAACAGGCAUUGCAUGAGGCGGUAGAGAUGGAUCGGGCCAUUGGGCUUGCUGGCACCUUAACAUCCUUGGAGGACACUCUGACUGUCGUCACAGCAGACCACUCCCAUGUCUUCACCUUUGGUGGCUACACCCCUCGGGGGAACUCCAUCUUUGGGCUUGCCCCCGUGGUGAGUGACACCGACAACAAACCCUACACCUCUAUCCUGUAUGGAAAUGGACCUGGCUACAAGGUGGUGGCUGGCCAGAGGGAGAAUGUUUCCACUGUGGACUAUGCUCAUGACAACUACCAGGCCCAGUCAGCAGUGCCCCUGAGCUAUGAAACACAUGGGGGUGAAGAUGUGGCUGUGUUUGCCAAGGGCCCCAUGGCUCAUCUCCUGCAUGGCGUCCAGGAACAAAAUUACAUUCCACACGUCAUGGCCUACGCAUCCUGCAUCGGGUCCAUUAUGGACCACUGCCAAUCACAUCCAUCGGCUGGGCUGGCCCCACAACCAGCACUGUUUUCAGGCCUUCUCACUCUUCUCCUCCUGCUCAGCCUCUUAUUCUAAGGCCGCCAUAUGUAGGCCCAGGACAGCUGGCUCACCACUCUCAGCCAGGGCCCCCCCCAUUCCCUUUCUGGCACUGCCUUCUCACUGGAACUUGAUGCUCAAUGGGCCCGAAGCCUCAACCCUCAUCAUCAACCUCGCUUCUGGAGCACCUCAGGGCAAACGUCCAUGUCAGCAUGGGGCACAGUGGUCAGCUGGGAGUGGCUGAAGGCCAUCAUACCCACUGCUGCCAUGCUUCACCUUCAACAAUGAAAACCUGGGCGGAACUUGGGGGACCCACAAAACCAAAGUCUGAGGCCUAACUGGUCUCCCUCUUCGGGCAUGAACUUUAAGCAGAAUUCCCUGGGAGGGGAAGUGGGGAGCUCUGCAGGCCUCUUCAUCUAUCGGGUCCUUUGGCAGUGUUUGGGCACUCUGGCCCCUGCUGAUUCUUCCCCUACAAUUACUCCCCAGAGAAAAAGUGAACAGGAUAGGCACCCUACCCUUGGUACAUGUACCAGACCAGAGUCUUACUUGGACAACAAAUAUUCUUCUCGCAUUGUGUGCGACAGAUUGCUCACUCUUGCCCUGGGGAGUCACUUUGCCCCUUCCCCACCCCCAUUUUAGCCCAUGAGACACUUCGGGAGGGGAGUGGUACCUGCAGAGGCCCUCGCUUGUACUCGUUGGCAGCUCCAGGCCAUGCUGGUCCCUUGGGCUUAGGACCAGGUAUUAGGGAUCUACUUGUUCCCACGAGAGGGGCAGAUAAGAGACUCCCACAAUCCUUUCUAGACCUUAUGGCCCAGCUCCCCCCAGCCUUCGUCCUCAUUGAUGCCCCUCAGUCUUCCUGUGAGACCGGAAGUGGUAAGCAGCUGUGAGGGUCAGGGACUGGACCCAACAGUGACUUGGGUCAGACAGACUGCCCCUGCUCCCGCCUCUGCCCCCCACACUUUGGUCCCCAUCGUGGGCUCGGCCCUCCUUCUAAUGAAGAGCAAGAAGAUCCAGGAUCACUGGAGAGGCAAGAAAGGGACAGAUGACCCAGGCCAGGGAGUUCACCGAGGUGGGGAAGGGAGGAACAAUGGGACAGGGAAUCUGAGACAGUCAUCUCUCUUCCUUGUUGCUGUUUUUUGCCAUUUUUUAAUGCCCCACAAAAUCCUGUUAAUAAAAAUUAAUAAAAAAUUUCCAAAAUGUUCUGUAAA